UCAACACGGAAGCGGUCACACUCUAUAACGGAAGUCAAUUGACGUAAUCAGCGAGCUCAGUUCCUGGUUGUUUUUUUAAUGCAUUCUUUAGCUUUCAGUCGAUCGUACGUUUUUACUUCGGCAAACCGGCCACCAUCUGGAGUGUGCUUCCCUGUGUUGGGAGAACAGUUCUUGUGAACGGUUUACUCCAGGAGAAACCAGUGGCCUGUGUCUGUCAUCAGUUUCCUGCGUGUGUUUGUGGCUCUGGUAACACUGAACAGGAAGACAGACACAGAGAAACGUCUGAAGUGAGAGAGGAAACUGCUGUGGCUUAUUCGUCUGCCUCAGAAUGACUGAGUUCUGGGUUUGUUUCAGCUGCUGCAUUGCAGAGCAGCCACAACCUAAACGGCGGCGACGAAUCGAUCGCUCGAUGAUCGGGGAACCGACAAACUUUGUUCACACCACACAUGUAGGCUCGGGGGACAUGGGUCUGGGACUGGCAUCAGUGGACCUUGUUCAGGCCCAGAUGAAAUCUAAAGGGGGCUACGUGCAUGGAGGGUCUGAAGGUUCUCAGUUGUAACAAGCCCUUCACAGUCUUGUGGAAACUACUGUUGUUGAUAUGAGGAAGAAUUUUCAAAAAGCAGUUCUGUCUGUAAUGGACGCAGGACCAAAAGAUGAAACUACUGCUUUUCCAUAAUGUUGUAUAUAUUUUUAUUUUCCAUUUUUUUUUUUUUUUUUUUAUGAAAGCACUGCUAUCCAUUUGCUGCCAUACUGUUGCACUGUAAAGAGUAACGUAAAGUAAAGAGUAGAUAAGAGGGUUUAGAAAGCUCAUAAUCUCAGUCAGACGUAUGCUUGUGUGUAUGCAUGAGGAAAAUAGUUUAAAAAAAUAUUUGCUGUUGUAGCUCAUUUGGAUGCCUGUAUUUAUUAUCUGAUUUGUUAACGGACCUCAUGGUGGCUGGGCCACGCUGGAGAUUUGGAACAUUCAGUUUCCUUCUUUAUUCUCAGAGGUUUAUCAAAGGACAGGUAGAGGUAGCAAGGCAAAAAGCGACAUGUUCAUUGUUUUAUUCUGAGAAAUACUCAUGAUUCUCUGAGUUGCUUUCAGGGUUGUAGAUUGCUGUCUUGUAAUAAACUUGAAAUGAGUAGAGUACACUGGACCAUACAUUGUACACUCACACUUGCUUAGGAAUUGCGCAUUGAUUUCAACUGUUUUUUUAUACUCAUUUAGAUUGAAUCAUAUAGAAUUUUAAUAAACUACGAACUUCCUAAUCUGCCUUCUGAAGUCAUGUUUGUUAUUUGUUUCACUUAUGUCAUUUGGCAGCUUGGUGCUUAGUGGUUUCAACAAGAUUCUUGUUUGUUUUUUUCAUAUAUAUAUAUAUAUCUUCUUCUUUUUAAGGCUUGUGUACCAACAGUAGACCAAGAAUUAAACUUGGAAGUAACCAAAUCACCACGGCAAACACCGCCACAAAUGUGGGUCAGGUUUGAUACAGUCAGCAGUAUUCUCAAACCUGUAGUUUACCUACUGUAUGUCCAUUAUAUCCUUUUUGUAAGGUAGUUGUAACUGCUGUUCCUUUUUCCCAGCACAGUUUGUGUUACACAUUGUGUCGUCUAAUGACUUCUUAAAGUAUUUCUCUUGACAUAAAAUCAUCUUUCAGUUCUUAUUUUGGCUGACUCUCACAAUUUGGGCAGAGAGAGAAGCUGACAGACAGCUACUAGAUGGCAUUCAGCCUAAUGUGACCCACCUUUGUAGCAGUGUGUGUGAUUAAGUUGCUUCAAUGUUUUAAAGAUGUUUUCAUGUGAUGUUAACAUUAUUUUGUCGAAAACAUUUAAAAUUACAAAAGGUAUUAAAUGCCUCUCUGAACCACUGUGGACAUUUAAUUACGUUAUUCCCAGUUUGUGCAAAAAUGUUCCCUCCUUUUUCAAAGAGAUCAAAUUUUCCUCUUAGGGAAAAGUGAAUAAGUGCAGCUCGUAUUUCCUGAUUACACUGGUUGUCAAUUGUGUUAGUGAUCAAACUAGAGUUAAUGUUCUCCCUUUUUUAUUGACUGGCAGGUACAUUUUCGUCCCCUCAGUAUUGUCAUAUGUAGUCCAAAUUUCUGAUCCAGGCUCCAUUGAAAAUACCUUGAUGAAAUCUUUGCAGGUAGUGACAGAGCAGAAUAUGAAAUGCGUGGCCCCUUCUACUUUGGGUCCAUAGUGUUCGUUGUGUACACACAGCUCCUCACUACUAACAGUGAUUAUAAAUCAAAAGGUUAAAGGUGUUGAUCAAACCAGCAGGCCUGGAUCUUAAUACACGUGAUUAUUUGUCCUCCAUGUACAUCGUAUGAUUUACUAUUCCAACAACAGAAUGUGGUUGUGUUAUUAAGUCAAGCGAAAGUCUGUGUAGAUUGGUGUUAAAUGAGUACUAUUGUCAUACUAUUUAUGAUACAAGAAUGAAAUCUUUGGUGCUGGUACCAGGCAACAUAAAAUACCUGAUAGAAAAUAGCUAAUAGAUUUAAUCACAUUUGAUAUCUUAUCAUUUACAGCCUUAAAACCACUUUCCCAACAUUCACUAACAGAUUUUAAUAAUGUGAUUCAUCGGGGUAAAAUAUUGUCACCGAUCUCAUCUGUUCCUCUUUAAAUGUUUAUGUAGUAAUUUCUGUGUGAGAAGAGAUCGCGUAUGUGUAAAUUAGUUUGUUUUUUCCAGCUCUGGGCUAAAUGCUGUAAUAUGUGCAGACAUACUGAGAUUGCAGUAUAUUAUGUGACCAGCAGGCUGUGCUAGUGGACUGAUUGAAUGUGACUUAAAAAAAUGUUUCCUUAUGGGAUUCCUGUCAUAGGACUUAUUUUAUGAUGAUACUGUAAAUACGUAACAUAAAAGUAAUGGAUCCACAGUUUAUAUGUAUUCAGGGUCAUACAUAUUUUUGGUUACUUUUAUUUGUAUAACCUUCCUGGAAAGGUAGAGUUGGAGCAGUGUUUUUUUUGUUGUUUUUUUCUCAGGAACUGCCUGAUAUGUAGUUCCCACUUUAAGGGGAAUUCAUCUGUCUUUUUUUCUGCAUAUUUCAGAAUAAAAAAGGAGAAAUAAAUGUUCAAUGUUGAUGUUGA